AUGUUAGAUGCAGUGAAGACCAUCUUUAUGAUCAUGGUGGCUGGAGAAUUUAUAAUGGGGAUUUUGGGGAAUGGAUUCAUUGGACUGGUGAACUUCAUUGACUGGGUCAAGAGAAGGAAAAUCUACUUGGUUGAUUUAAUUCUCACCAGCCUAGCCAUUUCCAGAAUUGGUCUGCUGUUCAUGAUACUAAUGAAUGGAUUUGCAAUGAUUCUUUAUCCAGAUGUAUAUGACUGUGAAGACAGUAUGAAACUCAUAGAUGGCUUCUGGACAAUUACAAACCAUUUAAGUGUCUGGUUUGCUGCCUGUCUUAGCAUAUUCUACUGUUUGAAGAUAGCCAGUUUCUCCCACCCCCUUUUUCUCUGGCUGAAGUGGAGAAUUAACAGAGUGAUUCUCACAAUUCUACUGGCAUUCUUUCUUUUAUCUCUGUUCAUUAGUUUUCUAAUAACAGAGAAAUAUAAUGAAGGUUACAAGAGUUGGGCAAAUAGGAAGAAAAAGAGAAAUAGUACAAGUAACCAUGACUACUAUAAGACCGUGACUUUCCUCAAUCUGGGGUCUCUCUUUCCCUUUACUGUAUCCCUGAUCUCAUUUUUCCUGUUGAUCUUCUCCCUGUGGAAACAUACCAGGAAGAUAAAGCUCAAUGCCAUGGGUACUGGAGAUCCCAGCACAGAAAUCCAUUUGAGAGCCAUGAAAAUUAUCAUCUCUUUCCUCAUCCUCUUUGUCAUCUACUGUGUGGCCUUUCUCAUAGCAACAUCCAGCUACUUUUUUCCACAGAGUGAACUAGCAGUGAUAUUUGGUGAGAUCAUUGCAGCCAUCUACCCCUCUGGGCACUCUUUUAUCCUGAUUUUGGGGAACAUCAAGCUGAGGCAGACAUCCCUGAAUGCAUUGCAGCAGAUGAAGCAUUGUCUCAAAGGAGGGAUAGCCUUAAUACCCUAG